AUGUCGUUUGCAUAUGUAAGCCCCUCCGCGGCCUAUCGCGGCGCGGCUGCGCCGGGCGGAGGCGCUGAUUGGUCGGCGUGGAGCUGGGGCGGGCGGCCAAUGGGAGAGCGGCUGGCGGCUGCUCCCGCCCUCCCGGACACGUUGCCUUGGGAGAAGCAACACGGGCCGCGCUCACUGGCCGUGGCCGCUCGCCUCAGCGCUCACACGCCGCACGUCUGGCACAUUCAGCUGCUCUCCCGGAGACUCUCCAGCCGGAAUUACCGUACGUACCGAACAAAGGGACAGCUCCACCAGCCGCCGCACCCCGGGAAGCUGAGGAUGUCUGCUACAGAUUCGGACAACUCCAUUGACUGGCUCGCUAGCGACACCGAGGAAAAUGAGAGCGAACGGGAGUCCGACCACGACACCAAGCACGGCCAGAGGGAGGCCUCCUCCUUCCCCCCGCACCUGGGCCCGUCCGGCAGCGGCCGCCGCCUCCGGCCGGGGGAGGGCCAGGUCAGGGAGGUCUCCAGCCGGGGAUCCCCCGGCUGCCCGGAGAAGCGGGACAGAGGCGGCGCCGCCGGACUGUGCAGAACGCAGCCGGGAGAGAAACUGAACUGCAGAACCACUCAGCAACCACUGAAGAGAGCCCACAGCUCUGCGGACGGGCCGGGCAGAGAGCGGCAGCUGGCCUCCGACGCCGCUGACAGAGACCUGCUUUUCAGCAGGAAGUGCAUGGAGCUACAAUGCUACAUUCAUCCACUGUCAUCAAUCUUGAACGGCCUUCGCUCAGGAAGAUACAAAGAAAAACUCAGCAGUUUCCAGGAGAGCGUGGCCAUGGACAGGAUUCAGAGGAUCAUGGGUGUCCUGCAGAACCCCUUCAUGGGGGGCAAAUACAUCGAUAUCAUACUUAAAAUGGAGGAAAUGCUGAAGAGCUGGUUCCCCAAUGUCAAACUCCAAGACCAACUCACUGUCACCCAGACAGAAGAAGCCAUUGCGAGCAAGAGGCUUAAGUUCUCUCCGGUGACCACCACGGCAGCGUCCAGCCCCUCGGCCGCCGGCGAGCCUCCGGCCGGCGCCAAGGCCCUGAGGGUCACGGACCUGACCCCCGCCGGAGCGUACUCCGCCGACCACCUGAAGUGGCUCCACACGUCGCCCAUCUGCUCCCCCACGGCCGAGCAGGCCCCGGCCGGUCCCAGGCCCCCGCCGGCCCCCAGAGACACAGACCUCACGCAGGACAGCGCCGUGUCCUCCAGCACAGACGGCCGCCCUCACACAGACUCUGCGCCCAGAGGGCCCCCGCCGGGCAAAAUCAACGCGCCCUGCCUGGAGAGGCUCCUAAAAUCAACGGACAGCAUCAUCACGCGCGGCGGGGCCGGAGGUCUGACGGGCAGCAGCUGGUCCUAGUCCAAAAAAAACAAACAAAACGGGGAUCGGGCGUCCACCGGUCAGCGGGGCGCGGUGCAGACCCUGCCGGGAGCCGGCCAGCUCGCUCCGCUCAUUCCAGCCUUCAGGAGAGCCGGGAGCCUUCAAAAGGGACGUCGCAGAUUCCUCUCCAAUGCGGAACAAAGUGUGGACGAAUAUGUUGUACCCUCUGUUUGGCCACGCGCCCUCUCUGACAUUUCAAGUGUCUGCUUCUGUUCCUCUCUGUCGUCCUUUGUUUGUCUCGGUUUUUUUUUGUUGUUUUGUUUUGU